AUUUAUUUUAAUUUGAAUAAUAGAAUAGUAGAGCUAUCAAUCUAGAUUAAACAUUGCUAAAACAUCCGAGAAGACACCUUAAAACUGCAAACAGCACAUCUAACAUAAUGCGUAAUUUUACGAUAUACUAACAAAUUAAUCCUAACAUACGCUCAUAUAGCCAUAUCUUCCUCUUUCUCCUCUACCAUCCAUGUUCAAGCAGACGCUAAAAAAGUCUAUACAGAAUAGCUCGACCAGGCUAUCGAAACCAGCGAAUUAUGGACAGCCAAUAGCACAUACUCACCCUUACUUAAUGAAAGAUAGCGAUCUUACGCCUGGAAUUAGCGUACGAGAAUAUGAACAGCGAAGGAAGAAGCUAAUCGGGCAUCUCAACCCGGGUGAUACUGUAGUAUGCGUAUCUGGAAAAGUUAAAAUGAUGAGUCAGGGUAUUUUCUAUUCCUUUAGACAGGCUACAGAUUUCAACUACUUGACUGGAUUCCAAGAACCGGAUUCUGCGGUCAUAUUAGAGCGUGACGAUACACUUGCAAGAGGAUACAAAAUGAUCCUCUUCGUACGCCCAAAGGAUCCCCAUAUCGAGCUCUGGGACGGUGCACGAACGGGUCUUGACGCGGCAGUUAACAUAUUCAAAGCUGAUGAGUCAAAACCAAUGUCAACUCUCGCGUCAUACCUCAAAAGCACAUUACGAGCUCACAAGACCGUCUACGCAUCACAUCCAGACCUUCCCGAUAAGCUUAAAAGGCGCGUAUCGUUUAACAGCUCGACAAGCCAUGCGAAAGCGUUAGUUGAUUACCUUAGUACUGCUCUUCGCGGCCAAGGAAACACAGAGAGUGACUCCGUUCUAUCAACGCUCGGCCUGCCUAACGUUAAACCACUCGCACCAAUUGUACAAGGAUUGCGCAGUGUGAAGAGUCUUGCUGAACGCAAUUUAAUGCGUCAGAGUGGUCGUAUCGCCGGCAAUGCGUUCAGAGACGUAAUGGCAUUCGCGAAACCGGGUAUGAAUGAGCACCAAAUUGCAGCACGUUUCGAGUAUAAAUGUGCACUAUCAGGUGCUGAAAGACCAGCGUACGUACCGGUAGUAGCAUCAGGUGCAAAUGGCUUAGCAGUACACUACACUGCUAAUACAAUGCAGGUUGAACCAAAUGAAAUGAUACUCAUGGAUGCAGGUUGCGAAUACCACGGAUAUAACAGUGAUAUAACUAGAACUUGGCCAGUCAACGGACGUUUCACCCAGCCACAACGCGACUUAUACCAGGCGGUUCUCAAUGUCGAGAAAGCCUGCAUCAAACUCUGCACAGAGCAAAAGAGGGUGUCGUUGAAUUAUAUACAUAGAGAAAGCGUCCGCUUACUUGGCCAAGAACUCAAGCAAAUUGGUUUCGAUAGCCUUAGAUAUGGCGAUCUCGAACGGAUAUUGUACCCGCACUACAUCAGUCAUCCUCUCGGUAUGGAUUUACACGACACACCGUCAUUUGAUCGCAGUCAGACGCUUGUAGAGGGUAAUGUUGUAACCAUAGAACCUGGUUGCUAUGUAUUCCCUCAUGAUAGAUUCCCAAAAUGGUUCCACAACAUUGGUAUCAGAGUUGAAGACGACGUCUUGAUAGGCAAGGAUGAACCAACGAUAUUGACACAAGAAGCACCGAAGGAUAUUGAAGAUAUUGAGAGUGCGUGUAAUGUGGUUCUAUCAACAUAGGAUAGUAGAUAAAACAUAGAAUGCAUAUUUUGAAAUGAGUGUCCUCCGGCAAUAAUUUGUGAAUUUUUGGCCGUUAAUUCAAACCUCUCGGUAAUCACAGAUCACAAUCAUGAAAAUGAUAGCCGAAUUUUGACUUCACUAGCGGAGGCGAGAAAGUAGUGGGCUUCAUGUCACCGAGCCGGUCGUUGGAGUAUGUUGCCUGAGGACGGUUUCGUAGAUGUCAAUAUGUUUUUAUAAAAGGC